GUUUGAAAUAUGGAUGAAAAGCAUAUUUACUAGCUGGGUAGAACCAAACCUCAAUAAUAAUGGAUGCGGUGGAUUAUUGUAUACGACGCCGUUUAAAGCAAAAGUUGCAACAUCAACUGAACCAACUAGCAGGAGAAACACCACAAGAACCCAUUCACUAUGAUCCAUUAAUUCCUAUGAUGAAAGUUGAGGCACAAGAAGGGGGGUUCAUGAUAAAGGUGGUGAGUGAAAGGAAUUGCAAGGGUUUGCUUGAGUUCAUAUUGGAAGCCUUUCAAGAUCUGGGUCUUGAUGUGCUGCAUGCUAGGGUUUCUUCUGUUGACACUUUUUCUCUUGAAACAUUUGGAGUUAAAGAGAACAAUGAAGACACACGGUACAUGUGUUGUUGUUAG